AUGAUCGAAAGAUUUUUAAAAUUAACCAACAACCUAUCACAAAUGCUUCUCACUCUCAACGGUAAUGAUAUACCAGAAAUGAUAUCUGUCCAUGAUAUAAGAUGUCUACAAGACAUUUGUUCAUUGUUGAGGCCAUUUGAAGUACCUACUAAAAAUGAAUUGGUGAAGCAAAUCCCUAAUGCAGCUGUCGCAAUACGAUUGAAAUCAAAACUAAUUGAAGAACUUGACUAUAGAUGUGGAGCUUAUGAGCAACCACCUAUAUCACCAAUUUGCACAUUGUUGGAUCCGAGAUUCAAGGAUAUGCAUUUUAAAAAUCCACUUGCAAAUUCUAAGGCCCAAGAAAAUAUAGUCAAAAUGAUGCAAAACGAUAAUAAUAAUGUAGAAAAUGAAACAUUGCCAGCUGCAGAACCAGAUGAUAACACAGGCAAUCAUUGUGAUUUAUGGGGCCUACACAAGUCAUUAGAGAAAAGGCGAAAUGAUGAAAGAGGUUAUAAUAAUAAUGCCAGAGAAGAAUUAAGAUCUUACUUACACCAUAACAUUUUAAAAUUGGAUCUUGACCCAUUGACUGAAUGGGAAAAUACAAAAACAAUUUUUCCAAAAUUGUAUAAACUAGCAAUGAAGUAUUUGGUGGUUCCUGGAACAUCAGUACCAUCUGAACAUCUUUUUAGUAAGGCUGGAGAAACUAUAAGCAAGACAAGAAACCGAUUAACUGGUUCCAGGGUGUCAAAACUACUCUUUUUACAAUCUGUGGACAAAAAUCAAUGGAAUUUUUGA